AGCGUGUGGCCCAAACUUCCAAGCUUUCCUCGGUCUCCUUUUUGGCGUCAUUGGUCGGAGCCAUGGCUGGCGAGGCAAAAGGAUCCAUGGCCAUCUUCGUCAUCUUCGUUCUCUCUCGAGCAUUGCACCCGAUGGUCAUCGACUAUUCCAAGGUCGAUGGUCAGAUGUUAUACUCCAAGAACUCCCCAGCAGUGAUGAGUCAGCUCUUGUCUAUGAUCUUCGUGAACUUCUUGGCUUAUAAGGAUGAAGGAUGGAAGGGCGUGAAGGACUGCUGGGCUAUCCCUGCAGGCGCUUCGAUCUUCAUUGUCAUUGGCUUGUGGUAUGCCUUCGGAGACUUCUUGGAGAUGCUCUCCAUGGGUGCCAUGACAGGCGGGGUCUAUCAGCUGUUGUUGCAGUCCAAGUUGCUCAUUACAGCAGUGAUGAUGAAGCAGCUGAAGGGCACCUCUCAAAGUGAGCUGCAAUGGAACGUGUUGAUCGCCGCGACCUUGGCCAUCAGCGCCUUCGUCAUGGUGGAUAGUGGCUCGGGCGACGACGACUCGGGCAUCCCCUUGAUGGGCGUGGCCAUGGUGCUAUUCAAAGUUGGAGUCUCCUGUUAUGCGGCGGUCUUGUCCGAUGCCAAGUUGAAAGGCUUCGCCUCGAUGUCCAUGUCGGCCAAGCUCUCAUUGAUGUCCCUUGCGCGUGUGAUCGCGUCCAUCGGCAUCGCAGUGGUCAUGGAACCGGAGGCUCAGCCCUCCUAUAAGUGGGAGGCUCCAGGGUUCUUCAACCAUUGGACCUUUGCCACGUGGAUUGUCACCAUCUCUUUCACCACUAAGUCGCUGAUCACUUUGUACCUGAUCAAAUCCUUGGACGCCAUCCAAAAGAAUGUGGGUGAGGCCCUGGCGGUGAUUGUGAUCUUCUUGGGGCAGAUUGCCGCGGGCUCCUCGGUCUUCGACUUGUGCGCCUUCUUGCUCGCAGUGCUGGUGGUGAUUUUGGUGCGUAUCUAUGGUCUCGCUGGUAAGGCCAAGCCAAAGGAGCCGGCGGGCCCCACCCCGGUCGUGAAGGCCGUUGGCAACUCUCCAGUUUGAACCAGGACGUUCUGAAAAAAGCAUCAUAAGGGGUGAUGCUGGUCCUGCGGUUCAUUGUUUGAAGUUGGCCUCGCGGCCGAAAAGGAUUCCUCCGUGUCCAUCCGAGGGUCAUGCCGGGCCCUGUUUCUUGCCAUCUCCCAGCUAGCUUGAAAAGGAAACAUUGUUUCUUUUGAAUGCUCC